AAAAAAAAAAGAAAAAAAAAAAAGCUGAACCCAGCCUUCCUGUUUCUUUAAAGCCGCUCAUCUGCGCGACGGGCCGGCUCCAGCGGCGAGGGGCAGGCGGCGCGGAGCCGAGCCGCGGGCAGGCAAGCGGCCGCACGCACGGAGAGAGAGACCUGGCCACCGGGGCUCCCACUGUUCGCCGCAGCCUAGCGGGCCCAGAUGGGCGGCGGCGGCAGCGGGGCGGCGGUGACGGAGCGGCGGAUCAGCCGCUGCUGAGCGCACCCGCGUAGCGCCCCGCGCCAUGCGGAGCACGCCGCUGGCGGAGGGCGAGACCUGGCCGCGCCUCUGCUCUGCUGAGCUCGGGGGGCUGCGGCGACUGCGGCGCAAGCAGCGCUGCGGGGGAUUCCGCGUGGAACUGAAAGUGCUGAGCGGGAGGCGGACUGGGCUCCGCGGGCCCCCCCCGCGCCCCGCCGCGCCGUCGCCCGCCUGGGAGCCGCGCAGCGCCUGCCCCGCCGCGCCGCCGCUCCCCUCUGCCCGCCCGCCGCCGCCCGCUGCCUCCCCGCGCCCGCGGCUGGGCGAGGCGUCCGGCGUCUCUCCGGAGAUCAAAGCCCUGCAGCAGACGCGGCGGCUGCUGGCCAACGCCCGCGAACGGACCCGCGUCCACACCAUCAGCGCCGCCUUCGAGGCGCUGCGGAAGCAGGUUCCCUGCUAUUCUUAUGGUCAAAAGUUGUCCAAACUGGCCAUCUUGAGAAUAGCCUGUAACUAUAUCCUUUCCCUGGCCAGACUAGCAGACCUGGAUUACAGCGCUGACCACAGUAACAUGAGCUUCUCUGAAUGCGUGGAGCAGUGCACUAGGACCUUACAAGCAGAAGGAAGAUCUAAAAAAAGGAAGGAGUAAUAACCAGGAAGGGAAGAUUCAGAAGAGGUUUCAGACAGAGUUGCAUCUGUUUUUGGCAAAAGUUGCAUAAUCCAGAUGAAGACUGCAAGCAAUGUUUUCACAGAGACCCCUUUUCAAGAUGUUGAUUGGCCAAGGAACUUUCUUAAUCUCUGGAAUAGAAAGGAAAAAAGGAAAAGAAACAAACAAAAAAAAAAAAGGAGGAGGAUGCUUCCUAUUGUUGUUAAGCCAGCCACCUUUUAGUAUUUAAUUAACGCUUUUCCCUUUGCUUAACUGGGAAACGUUCCCCUCUCAGCUCAUGUGUACAGUAAUUUGUGUUGUUGCUACUGUGCCAAAGAUUUGAUGGAGCUUCUACACUGUGUCCUAUUUUUGCCUUAACAUUAAGUCUUUGAGCCAAAGAGAAGUUAGAGAUGCCCUGCAGAUGGUGCCGAGCAGGCCAGCCAGCUGUCAGUGACAGAUGUGGACUUCUGAAUCCCUCUGUGAGUUGUCUCUUAUUUCUUCUGCCCACACUCCUCUGCCUGCAGCCCUGGCACCAGUGUUCAGUGUAGGCAAGAGCUUGGACAGCACCAAAUCAUGCUUCAGCACUCAGCUUUGCUUCUUUGUUCAAGCCACUCUGCAGUUCUGCCAUCUGGGCAAUUUCCUGCCUGUGCAGCACAUUCGUGGGGUAGAAAUACUGACAGAAAGUGAGAACUGAAACAAGAACUAGGGUUUUAUUUAAUUGUUUUUUAACAAAUAAAUAUAAAUAAAUAAGCAAAAGCUCAGUGCCACAUAAAGAGAAGAAAUAAAUCAGAAGCAAGUUCAGCUAAUCAGAAGGAAAUGCAAGAAAGGCAGCGGGCAUUCAGCUUUGUGAUGCUGUCUUGCCCAUGGGGUUCUUCAAGUGAUCAGAAGCCCAUGAAGUGCAAAAGCAUUUGGAGCCUGUAUUGUACUUUUCACUUCAAAUUGAAGUAAAAAAGAGAAAAGAUUGAGAAACGUUUGCUUGGAGUAAGCAAACUUAUUGGUAAUGCAGUUGGUGUGCAAGAUAUCUGCUAACGAUGGUGGACAGAGCCCUGUGCCGAAGGGAAAGCAAAGCAAAGGUGUGCACUCCAAGGAGAUGGUCAUGGUUUGCUCCCUGUUCGAGGGGCAGGGUUAUUUGCGAGGUUAGGCAAAUCAGUGUGAAUCAGGUGCCCAGGUGUCUGGCUUGCUCCAGUAUGAAUCUGGCUGAGCAUCACUAGGCACAGAGGUGGGAGGUGAGAGGCUGGGGUGGGCAAGCAUCAGGGGGCAGAAGAGGGGAAUAACCCCUGAUUUACUGCCACAAAGUCUAAACCUGAACUCAGUGCCUGCCCAUUUAUCUCCCAAGCUGAGCAGUGGCAGAUGGACACCAAGCUGGGGAGCUAGCAUGCAAAACCAGAGCUCCCUAGAUCAGACUCUGGGUCUGGGGUGCUAGGCUGCAUGGUCAUGGUCUGCUUGCUGCCAUGUACUCUGGCCCAGGCAAGGAUGGACAAACACCUGGUGGGGAAGCUCAAGAUGUCUUAUAUUUUGAUUUCUGAGACACCUGAGAAAUGGCUGUGUCUAGACAUCCAGACUCCCUCCCAGGAGCUCAAUAUAUCCCUCUGCCCUCACUGCUGGUCAUUAUAAGCAGCCCAAUAAAAUACCUUUUUAGAUUA